CCCUUCCAUCAGUACUGCGCAAGCGCGCCGCGGCGCCCGGCGCAGCCUCCCGAGCGGCGGAGGCAGUGCCAUGGUCGCUGCUGUCUUUGGCUGCUGGUUGCACUGGGGCGGAGCCCGCCGCGCGGUAGCCGGCACCGCCGUCCCGGUCCACCCGCUUAGACCCAGCUGCCCGCCCCCAACAAUUGUCUAGCGCUCCAGCCGCCUGGGUUGCCAAGGCAACGGCCGAAGUCCUGCCCCUCCCCCGCCCCGCCUGACGUCUUUGGCCCUGCGCGCCGAGAGCUCCUGCACUCACCGAUGCUCAGCCGGGGCGAACUUAGACGGAGUGCAUCUGGAGGCGAACGUCGGAGGAUGUCUGGGGUCAAAAAGAAGAGAGGAGCACGCACUAUCUCCGCUCGUUUGGUUCAGCACCAGAGGCGGGCCCACUGCCCAUCCACGGCCAACCGCGUAACCCGAAAGCGUAGGGGUGGGGCGUUGGGAGACAUCCCCGAAGAUUACGAAGAUUACGAAGAGAUUAUGGGACAGCCCCCCAUAACUCGAUCCCAGCUCGUCCUGAUGGGCCUGUCCCUGCUACUCUUACUGCUCCUGUGCAUAGGGAUACCACGCACCCCUGAGCAAACCACAUGGCCCUGGUCAAACCCCAAUAUUUCAUCCCUGACUGGUAUCACAUUUGGAGAAACCCCUGUCUUUUUCCGUGAGGUGUACCCGAACCGAGAGGCACGCAGGCUGGAUGUGGUGUUGCUCCAUGGAAAGGCCUUUAGCUCCUUCACGUGGGAGCAGCUGGGCACACUGCAGGUGCUGGCACACCGGGGCUACCGGGCGGUGGCUAUUGACCUCCCAGGUUUUGGGAACUCAGAACCCACAAAGGAGGCUAACACAGAUGCAGGGCGGGCAGAGCUGAUGAAGCAAAUGCUGGAGGACCUGCAGGUACGAAAGGGGGUGUUGGUGAGCCCCUCGCUGAGUGGCCAGUAUGCCCUGCCCUUCCUGAUGCAAAGCCACUACAUGCUGCGUGGAUUUGUGCCCAUUGCUCCUGUCUACAACCAGAACUAUACCCGGCAGCAGUUCUGGGCCGUGAAGACCCCAACCCUCAUCAUGUACGGAGAUAUGGACCACUUCCAGGCUACAGAGUCGAUGCAGCAGCUCCGCUUCCUUCCCAACCACUCGGUGGUGAAGCUGCACAAUGCAGGCCAUGCCUGCUACCUCCAGAAGCCGCAAGAUUUCCACCAGGCCCUCCUUGACUUCCUUGACAGCCUUGCCUUAAAAUCAUCCAAUGCUUUGACCCCAGAUGAGGCCUGAGGGACUGUGCUUGUGCCCCUUCUAAUCCUCCCCGAGAACUAAGCCC